AUGGCGGGGUCACAGUUAAAACAACUUAAGGCCGCCCUUAAAGACAAGGGAUUAAUUGGUCAAACCAAUGUUUCUCAGAAAAAGAAACAAAAGAAGAAAAAUUCACAAUCCACCAAUAAUAAUAAAAGUUUUAAUCGAGAUGAAAAAUUACAACAAUUAAAAGAAAUUCGUGAUCAAUUUAAUAAAUUUGAUCAAAAAAUCAAUCGAUCAAAACAUGAUAUUUCAAUUAUUCAUCAAGGUAAAUUUGUUAAAGUUGGAUCAAAACAACAUAAUUCACUGGCUAUUAAAAAUGGUAAUAUUCAAAGACAAAUGAAAAUGCAAUAUGAUUUAGAAAAAUUCCAACAUGGAAAAACUGGAGGGAUAUUAGAUAAACGAUUUGGUGAAAAUGAUUCUCAUUUAACCAAAGAAGAGAAAAUGUUAGCAAGAUUUACUAAAGAACGACAAUCGGCGGCAUCAAGUAAAAAAAGAAGUGUUUUCAGUCUAGCAAGUGAUGAUGAACAAGAUGAAAGUGAAGAAGAUGAAGAUGAUGAUGGUGGGUUUAUGUUGACUCAUGGAGGGAAUACGUUAUCUUUAGAUGAUGAAGAAACUAUCAAUUAUGUCGACGAAGAUUCAUUACAACCACCAAAGAAAAAAAGUAAAAAUGAAGUUAUGAAAGAAAUUAUUGCUAAAUCGAAAUUUUAUAAACAGCAAAGACAAAAAGAAUUUGCCAAAACUCAGGAUCAAAUUGAUGAAUUAGAUGAAGAUUUUGGUGAUGUUAUGGAUGAUUUAAGAAAUGUUCAACUGCAAAUUUCCAAAAACAAUACCAAGGAUGGUGGCAGUGGAGGAAGUACUAAUGGAGGUUUUUCAACUAAAACACCUGAACAAAUUGAAUAUGAUAAUAAAGUAAGAGAAUUAACCUAUGAUAGAAGAGCUGUUCCUGCUGAAAGAACGAAAACUGAUGAAGAAAUACGUAAAGAACAUGAAGAUAAAAUGAAAAAAUUAGAAGCUGAUAGAUUAAAGAGAAUGGAAGGAUUUAUUGAUGAUGAUAGAGAAACUCAAGGUGAUGAUUUGGAUAAUGAUUUUUGGGCUGGUAGUGAUAAUGAUAGUGAUGGAAAUGAAGCUGAUGGAUUUACAAUUAAGAACUCUGACCACCAUGAAAGUGAUAGUGAAAAAGAAGAACAAGACCAAAACCAAGACGAAUCUCAUAAAAGAGAAGUUAAAUCUCAAAAAAUCACUAAUGUAAUCAUGCCAUUUACAAUUGAAGAAUUUAUACAAGAAAUGUCGAAUGUUGAUCCAAUUAAACAACCAGAAUAUGUUAAGAGAAUAUGUGAAACUUAUAAACCAAGUUUAGCUGAAGGGAAUAAAGAGAAAAUGAGUAAUUUUGUUGGUGUUUUAUUUGAAUAUAUUUUACAUGUUGCCAAUCAAUAUCAAGAUUUUGAACCAUUUGUGAAAAUAUUAAGAAAAUUAGCAGAAUCAUCAACGUCCAAAACAGCUACAAACUACAAUGAAUCAUUAGUUCAACGAGUUCGUGAACAUAUUAAACACAUUCAAUCAAGGAUUGAUAAACAAUUGACUCCAGGAGAUUUAGUGUUUUUUGCCAUAAUUGCGUAUUUAUUUUCUUCUUCAGAUCAUUAUCAUAUUGUUAUCACACCAAGUUUGAUUUUAAUGAAUCAAAUACUAAGUAAUAUAAUUUAUCAUCCGAAAACUGUGACUGAUAUUGCUCAUGGUGUUUAUUUAAUCGAUGUUUUAUUAAUGUAUCAACGUUUUGCUAAAAGAUUUGAUCCUGAAAUCAUUAAUUUUAUAGAACAUGCAUUAUUUAUGAUGAUUCCAGAAAUUGAUAAAAUGAAUACUUCAAAAUUAUUGUCGAUUUCCCCUACAGCAGGGAAUAUAACCCUACAAUUUGCAAUGAACAAAUCAGAAAAAAUAUGUUCAUUAGAAGAAUCAACGUUAUCAAUUAAACAAUUAUAUGAUGAAGAAAAUUUAAAUAAAUCUUGUUUAAUCAGUAAAUUGAUUCAGUUAAUGGAUAAAUGUGUUACAUUAUGGAAGGAAAAAUCCAGUUUAAUUGAAAUUCUUGAAUCAUUUAUUAGUAUCUUAAAACAUAUCACCAAAUAUAAUGCCAUUGUGACUGGUCCAAUAUUAACUAAAUUCACAAGAUUAUAUGCUAAUUUAGUCAAAGAUCGUAAACCAUUGACAUUACAACAUCAUAAAGCCAUUGCUAUUGCCACUUAUGCACCUAAAUUUGAAGAAAAUUUCAACCCUGAUAAGAAAUCUUAUGAUAUUAAUAGAGAACGUCAAGAAUUAAAUAAAGUUAAACAUGAAUUGAAAAAAGAAAAGAAGGCAGCACUUAAAGAUAUUCGUCAAGAAAAUAAAUUCAUUGCUCGUGAACAAAUAUCAGAAAAGAAGAGAAUGUAUGAAGAUUAUCAUAAAAAGAUGGCCAAUAUUGUUAAUUCAAUUCAAUCAGAAGAAGGCGCUGAAAAAAAUCAAUAUGAAAGAGAAAGAAAACAAAGGAAAAGAAGAUAA